CGGGAGCAGACGGUAGGGAAGUGUAUUGCUUCCGGUAGUGGCCGUCACAAGACUGAUGCGCUACAGCUGGCUCAGCAUGGAGGAGCCAGACAGAGAGGCAGUGGCCACUGCUGUGCAGCGCGUGGCAGGGAUGCUGCAAAGGCCAGAUCAGCUGGAUAAAGUGGAGCAGUAUCGGAGAAGAGAGGCCCGGAAAAAAGCUUCCGUGGAGGCCAGGCUAAAGGCUGCCAUCCAGUCACAACUCGAUGGUGUGAGAACAGGCUUGAACCAGCUUCACAAUGCUCUGAAUGAUGUAAAAGACAUCCAGCAGUCUUUAGGAAACCUCAGCAAAGACUGGCGGCAGAGUAUAAAUACCAUUGAGAGCUUGAAGGAUGUGAAGGACGCCGUCGUACAGCACAGCCAACUUGCAGCAGCAGUGGAGAACCUCAAGAACAUUUUCUCUGUGCCAGAAAUAGUAAAAGAGACACAGGAUCUCAUUGAACAAGGGGAACUAUUGGAAGCACAUCGGAAUUUGAUGGACCUGGAAUGUUCUCGCGAUGACCUGAUGUACGAACAAUACCGGAUGGACAGCAAAAAUACUCAUGACAUGAACCUAAUUCAGAAUUAUUUUGGGGAAGUUCAGCAUUUAUCCGAUGAGCUGGCUAAACAGUUGUGGAUGGUGAUACAGAGAUGCAUAACCUCUGUUCGGAAGGAUCCCACCUUGCUUGUCUCCGUUGUCCGCAUCAUAGAGCGGGAGGAGAAAAUAGACCGCCGCAUGGUGGACAGGAAGAAACAGACUGCUUUUAUUCCUCCAGGAAGACCUAAAAAGUGGAAAGAAAAGAUGUUUCUGGUUCUGGAAAAAACCAUUGGAACCAGAAUUGAGGGCAGUCAGGCAGAAACCAGAGAGUCCGAUAAGAUGUGGUUGGUCCGCCAUUUGGAAAUUAUCCGCCGAUAUGUGCUGGAUGAUCUCAUAGUAGUUAAGAAUCUAAUGGUGCAAUGUUUUCCCCCGACUUAUAAUAUAUUCAGCAAGAUGUUAGAAUUGUAUCACCAAGCUCUGUCCUCUCGGAUCCAGGAGUUGGCAUCAGAAGAUCUUGAAGCUAAUGAGAUUGUCAGCCUCCUCACUUGGGUUUUGAACACCUAUCAUAGUUCAGAGAUGAUGGGAAAUGCAGAACUGAUUCCAGAAGUAGAUGUAAAGACUAUGAAGCCUCUUCUUUCCCAAGACAUUGUAGACCAGCUUCUCCAGAAGUACAUGGCGACUCUCAAAUCAAAUAUCAUUGGGUGGCUGAGAAAAGCCUUAGAGACAGAUAAAAAGGACUGGGAUAAAAACACAGAGCCUGAAGCGGAUCAAGAUGGAUACUACCAGACCACUCUGCCAGCCAUCGUUUUCCAGAUGUUUGAGCAAAAUUUACAAGUAGCAGCUCAGAUUAGUGAAGAGCUGAAGAAGAAGGUUUUACACUUGUGCCUGCAGCAAAUGAAUGCGUUUCUUAACAGGUACAGUGAGGAAGCACAGCUCUAUAAAGAGGAUCACUUAAGGAACCGGCAGCUUCCUGCAUGUUAUGUCCAGUAUAUAAUAGCCAUCAUUAACAACUGCCAGACAUUUAGAGAGUCCAUUGUAAGCCUGAAACGAAAAUAUUUAAGAAGUGAAGAGGACUUUGUGACAUCUGGCUCCACAAAUAUGGACACCAUAUUGGACAACAUUGCCAAUGAUGGAUGCAGGAAUCUUCUAGAUGAAGUAUUUAUGGACUUAGAGCCGCAUCUUAAUGACCUAAUGACCAGAAAAUGGCUUGCUGGCUCUAAUUCCGUAGACACUAUAUGUGUCACCAUAGAAGACUAUUUUAAUGACUUUGCAAGGAUUAAAACUCAUUACAAGCAGAAAAUGACCAUUAAGGCCCACAGGAAAGUAGUAACAGAAUAUAUCAAAGCAAUAAUGCAAAGACGAAUUUGCUUCAGAAAUGCAGAGGAACGCAAGGAGGGUGCAGAGCGCAUGAUUAAGGAAGCAGAACAGUUCAAGUUUCUGUUUAAGCGUCUCACAUCUGGAUUUGGUGAAGAGACAGAUGGACUCUGCGAUACCAUUAUUGAUAUUGCUGAGGUUAUAAAGCUCACAGAUCCUUCCCUUCUCUACUUGGAAGUCUCCACCUUGGUCACUAGAUAUCCGGAUCUCAGGGAUGAUCAUAUUGCUGCUCUGCUUCAAAUGAGAGGAGAUGCCAGCAGGGAAAUGAAACAGACAAUAAUAGAAACUGUGGAUCAAAAUCAGAGGCAACAAGGUCAAAGCUACACCCCGAUCUUUAAAGACAUAAUUGUUCCAAGCAUGCCAACACUUCCAAAACUUCUGAAGUAAUAUUGAAUGUGUGUGGCUGCAGGUUUGGUGCUUAACCUUAUAAAUCUGCUCCGGAGCAGUCUGAUCGUUAAUAUCCUCUGACGCCUUUCCCAGCAGUGGGAGCUUGUAUGUCUAGUGCCACUUUCCUUAAAAAUACAAAAAAAUACUGGCUUACAAAUGUGCGUUUGUCACAUCUGAUUAUAGUCUAUUGGCCUGAAUGAACAGAUCUGUACAGCCAUGGUGCUAGCUUCCUCUGGCAUCAGCUUUCCUCUGUUCUCGAGACUGCACUCAUCUUGCUGAACAUCGGGGAGAAGAGUGUAAGCCGGUGGCAGCAUAUCUCCUGCGAGAACGAAGGAUCGGACAUGGUGAAAUUCAACAUGACCAAUCCCUCCUUCCCCCAACAUCAUAUGUAGGGGAAGAUUUUACACCCCCUUACACAUAAGAGAGCCACUUAGUCCUGCUGAAGUCAGUCGGUUUGCCUUAUAAACUAUUGCUUUUAUUGUAAUAUUUCACAAAAUCUCCAGCAGCAGCUGAAAAAGGCCUAGCGCCGUGCUAUAGUGGAAGAUUCAUGAGUUCCCAUUCAUUAGCAUAUACAUGAAAUGUCACUACUAAAUGCCUUGUGCAGAUGGCCAUAUGAGAACACUUUAUAUGGAGACCUAAGAGGCUUCUCCCUGGAAGCACUGAUUCCACCUACAGAAUACCACAUGCUCGCACUAAGAAUAAGUCACAGAAGCAGAGUUGGCCCUCCAGACUUUAUACUAUAGGUAAAUGACAAACCUCUUAUGUUCUUGUUAGUUGAGCACUGGCGAGACAUAAAAUCUGACAGUCUUGGUCGUCUUAGACUUCCAGUACAGAGCUGCAAAAUAGCCUGAUCAGACAAUGAAGAUGGAGCAGAAAGCUACCUUAUGAGUACCUAUCACCGACAGAGGGCCGAUUGAGGCCCAGUUAACGGAAUAUUAGCAUUAAAAUGAUAAGGAUCCAGAGGAGGAGAGCUGUAUGACGCACAACUGACGGCUCUUUUGAAUGAACCCACGGAUGAGCCAUUGUUUAGCACUAGAAGUAGGAGUGAUUUAUAAUGCUUUAGUGUCACUCCCUGUAUAAUAGGUGAGCAUGCCAUAUACUGUGCAGUCUGUUACUAUGCUAUGGCUGAAGACGGAGGGUGGAUUUACAACCUGGUCGGCAUUUUCCUUCCCUCACACAGCGUUCGAGAUGUUUGAAUUCUGCAGUUUGUAAAAUGUGCUCUGUUCUUAAGUUUGGGGCAUUUAGGGAUGUAAUGUUUUUAGUUGCUCCUAAUGCCAUGUUUAUGUAAUGGAUUCUGGGUGGGUGGGAUUGCUCUGUCACUAUUCAUGUAUCUGUUUUAGUAAAGGCUUUAAUUCCCUA